UACUUUCAUUACGAAUCCGGAAGAAUUUUUGGGGAAAGGAUUGUAAACAAAACUCACGAGUCCGUACUUGAUUAGCUUUAAGUAAAAUAUUCUAAGGUCUUAGUCGAUUGUCGACAUAUCCAACAAACUGUGGAAUGUUUUGAUCUUUAAGGAACUCAGUGGUCUCCAUGCAUCAGUGAUUAGGAGACCUGUAUCUGUAGCACUGUGCCAGCAUAGGUAUUCACAUCUGUGGAGACAGCAGUAAGCAUGUCCAGGAAGCAAACAGGAAAACCUGUGCGCGGCAACAGGAAGGGUGACGCGGAGCGGAAACGGGAUGAGCGCGCCGCCCGGCGUGCCAUAGCCAAGGACCGCAAGAACCGCCCUCAGGACGGUGCCGACGACGGUGAGGAGUUUGUCAGCUUCUCCAAUCAGCUCCAAGCUCUGGGGCUCAAGCUGAGAGAGGUUCCUGGAGAUGGGAACUGCCUGUUCAGAGCCCUUGGGGACCAGCUGGAGGGACACUCUCGAGGACACCUCCGUCUGCGUCAGGAGACUGUGCAGUACAUGAUGUCACACCGUCACGACUUUGAGCCCUUCGUAGAGGAUGACAUGCCAUUUGCUCAGCAUUUAUCCAACCUCUCCCAACCCGGUACUUUUGCUGGCAAUGAUGCCAUUGUGGCUUUCGCCCGCAGCCAACAGCUGAAAGUAGUCAUCCAUCAGCUGAAUACUCCACUGUGGGAGAUAAAUGGUGUGGAGAAGCAGGUUUGUAGAGAGCUUCACAUUGCCUAUCGUUACGGCGACCAUUACGACAGCGUGCGACCCAUUGGUGACAACUCUGAGAGCCCUGCUCUACUGCGCAUUGAGAACCUCCAGAAAGCCAUAGGGCAUCAGCGUGAGUUUGGGGGCGGUCAGACAGACGGGGGGAAGUCCCCCUCGCCCAGCCCCUCUGAAGAGGACAGUGUUAUCCUGAGCUCCCUCAAGAACAGGGGGAUGUAUUGUGAGGAGGAGAAUCUGUUCCAGCUGAGUGCUGCCACCAUUAAUGCAGAGUGGCUGAUGGAUGCUGAGCUACCAGCUCCGUCCUGCCAAGCCCAGUGUGCCUCAGGAUUUUGCUCUGCCUGUCAGGGUGAACCAACAGAGUGUAGUGACCACAAGAAACCACCAGAGGGAAGCAAAUCCCACAAACCCAAGGUGUCCAACAAGCAACGUAAAGAGCAGCAGCGCGUAGAGAAGAAGAAGAAGCAGGAGGAAAGACAUCGUCAGAAGGUCCUCCAGAGCAAAGGAGCACCAGACCAGAAUCAGAACCUGCCAGAACCGGUUACUCUAGUACCCGCUCUCAACACACUCAGUAUAUAAAAUAGAACAGAAUGGCCUAACAAAACUAGAAGUGCGAUGGAUUAUGGCAAUGUUUUGCACAUUCAAUCAACUUCAAUCAUAUUGGAUGACGUUUUCAACCAGCAUUUUUUUGCUAAUGUACAGUGCCUGAGAUACGUGUGUGUGUGUGUGUGUGUGGGCGCGCGUGCAUGUGCAAGUAGAAGUUGAUAUGUAUUUGUGUUCGUCAGCAAUCGUGUGCUUAGGGUUUGUUUGCUACUUGGUUGGGCUCUUCAUAAGACACACUGUCUACACUCUUCUGAUGCUGGUGAAUGAGGAAAGAUUUUCACAAAUGACCAUACAGUGUAUCAUGGGCUUCUCUGUCUCCUUCUGAAUUGAGUUUUUCUCUGUUUCUAGCCAAAGAGAAAGCAAAAAAAAAAAGACAUGUUAAUUAAUGAUUGUUAUGCAUUCUGUCUGAUAUGGUGUGGAAUGCUGCAAUAAAUCUCAAUCUUUAGUUAUUAGA